UGUAUUAGAGGAGUGAUGUGAAUUGGUGUAAAGACACUUUAUAACAGAUCAAUAAAGUUAUAAAGAAAAAAAAUAUAUUUUCUUUUGCGGAUAUCCCUAUUGGAGGUCAUAGUGCAUUUUUACAAAUAUAACAGUAUUUUAAGAUGAGUGAAGAAAUGAGUGAGAAAGAUUGUGAGAAAAAGUAUAUAUACUUACAGGGCAGACACCACAAGGAGCUUUAAUCAAACCUGGUGGCUCCAAUAAAGGUGAAUCUUCUGUGGACGCGUUUACAUUAUGUUCUUCUGAUGGACCAGGAUCUAUUUCCAUUUUUAUCAGGAUUCCGUUUCGAUUCUGCUUGAUAAGAAAAAUUUCAGUGUGAAUAAUGGACGAUCAAAAAAACACAGAAGACGUACUCGAGCUAGCCUCGAAAACGUGGAACCGGCUCACAAAUGCUGCUGUCAAGGCCGGAUUCAGAGAAGGUAUCGAGGAUGGAAGACAGUCUGUUUUCCAAGAAGGUUUUGACAAAGGAUACAAAGAAGCAUUUAAAACUGCCUUUGAAUUAGGAAGAUAUAAAGGACUUGCUGCUGGCUUACCGAAGGAUCAUAAUCAUCCUCUGGAAAUAUCAUCUAUUCUUGAUAAGACAAGAAGAGGUGAAUGUUAUAUUUGCUUAAAAAAUACAAGGACCAAAAAAUCAAAUGAAACUUUUGAUGAAAAAUCAAUUGAUGAUAUCAUUGAAGAUCAGAGAAAGCAUUCCACGAUAGUUCUUGAUCGUUUACAUGAAUAUUUUGAACUACUUAUGAAGGAUUGUAAUGUUGAUAUAAGUGAAACAAAAUUAUAAUAUUAGCUAAUGCUAACAAUCAACAAUAUAUUAAGAAUAUGAGAGAGAUGGAAAAAGAAGAUCCUAAUUAAGGUAUGCAAUGACACUAUAACAAGAGAUGUUUUUUGAGUAUAAUUUUAUUCAUUUAGCAAUUUACUUCCACAAUUUAAUUAGAAAUAAAGAAUAGAAACAUGUUUAA